CGCUACCUCUUUGUGCAGUUAAUGUCACUCUGAAUCAUGCAUAUAAAUUUUGGAUAUAGAGACAUUAUCCCCUAUGUGCCGACAAUGCUGCAUAUGCUGAAACUAUGAAAACCAGAAAAAUAUAUGCUUCAGGUUAACAUAUAUCGAACUAUAUUUCAGCUCAUCGACAACAUCUUCAGGUAAGCCCCCAAGUCUCAAACAAAAGUAGGCCUACCGCCUACGGUCCAAUGUAAGAACAGACAUGUGGAAAUAUCAAACAGGGAUUUAAAUCACCUCUCUUUGGACAGUCCAGUGUAAGAUUAGAAGUGUGGCAAUAACCAAUCUAUAUUGUUUCAGGAGGUACUAGUUGCUUCCUCUGUUUGACAACAAAAAAGGUUACUAUUUCCCUUUUUACAUGGCGUUUUUGUUUCUGUGUGAUUUAACUUUGACCACUCAUUUGACUAAUAGUAUACUGGGUGUAACCGAACGAGGCCUAAGCAGCUAUUUUUGCCUUGGUGUUGGAGUGGAUGCAUUACUUUUCCUAGGUAUUUCCUGCGAUGGAGAGCAAUUUCCUUUGGUCUUCUAACUUCCAAUUCGUGUGUGUUACAGGACUGCUUCCUAGCUAAAGGAUCCAUACACUGAAAAUAAAGAUCGAUCCCUUCCACCAUGGAGGUGGUGACCGGUGCCAUGGGAAGCCUGCUCCCCAAGCUUGGCGAGCUGCUCGUGGGUGAGUACAAGCUGCUGAAGGGUGUCAAGAAAGAUGUUGAGUCCCUUGAGAGGGAGAUGAAGAGCAUGAACGCUGCACUUGUCAAGAUGGCGGAGGUGCCAAGGGACCAGCUGGAUAACCAGGUCAUCAUCUGGGCUGAUGAGCUCAGGGAGCUAUCGUACGACAUGGAGGAUGUUGUCGACAACUUCCUGGUGUGCGCCGAGGGUUCUCAAUCUGAUGCCAUCGCCGACUCAAACAACCUCAAAAGGCUGGUAGGGAAGAUGGCCAACUUGUUCACCAAAGGCAAGACACGCCAUCAGAUCGGCAAUGCCAUCAGGGACAUCAAGAACCGCGCCCAGGAGGUGGCUGACCGGCGUGACAGAUACAAAGUUGAUGGUGUUGUUACUAAUCCAGCUGGCAAACAAAAGAUUGAUCCUCGUGUCUUGGCUUUGUACAAGGAUCAGAAAGAGCUCGUUGGUAUUGAAGACGCACGGGACGAGCUAACCAAGAUGCUCACAGAUGAUGAUGGUCCCAAGCAGCAGCAGCACAAGAUGAAGAUAGUCUCUAUUAUUGGACCUGGAGGACUUGGCAAGACUACACUUGCUAAGGCAGUGUAUGAUAGGCUUCAAACACAAUUUACAUGCACAACAUUUGUUUUAGUGGGUCGAGACCCAGAAGUGAAGAAAGUUCUCAGGGAUAUCAUCUUGGAAGUUGACAAGAACAAGUGUAUGGGUGAUUUAGCCACAUUGGAUGAAACACAACUCAUCAGCAAACUCCGACGACUACUUGAGAAUGCAAGGUACCUCAUUGUCAUUGAUGACAUAUGGGAUCUAAAAGCAUGGGACAUUAUCAAAUGUGCUUUGCUUGAUAACAAUCAUGUGAGUCGGGUAAUCACAACUACCCGUAUUCUCGAUGUCGCCAAAAACACUGGAGAUAUUUACAAGCUAAAACCACUUUCUCACCAUUUGUCUGAAGAAUUAUUCUAUACAAGAUUGUUUGGUGGUAAAGAUAAAUGCCCUUUUGAUCAUCCGGCUGAAGUAUCAAGCAAAAUUUUACAGAAGUGUGGAGGUCUGCCAUUGGCAAUAAUUACACUAGCUAGUUUGUUGGCUGGUAAACCUAUGGAGAACUGGUCAAAAGUAUUCAACUCUAUUGGCUUUGGAUCUGGAGAUAAUAACAAAGAUGUAGAGAACACGAGGAAGAUAUUAUCAUUUAGUUAUUAUGAUCUACCUUGUCAUCUAAGGUCUUGCCUGCUGCAUCUGAGCGUAUAUCCAGAAGACGAUUUGAUCAUGAAAGACACAUUGAUAUGGCAGUGGGUUGCCGAAGGUUUUGUCAUUGAGGAACCAGGGGUAAGUUUAUUUGAGACCGGAGAAAGAUACUUUAACGAACUACUAAAUAGAAGCAUGAUCCAGCCGGUCGAGGAUUCAGUGAAGUACACAAUAUAUGCUUGUUGUAUUCAUGAUAUGGUGCUGGAUAUAAUUUGUUUGUUUUCAAAGGAACAAAAUUUUGUUACUAUAUUGGAUAGUAACGAAGAACACACACCUUCACAAUGCAAUGCCCGCAGGUUAGCUGUCCAAAAGAGAGUUCUGCCUCUGACUAACAUGAACAUGCCCAAACUGAGGUCGUGAUCCCAAUGCGGUGCCAUCACUUCCAAACUUUCAAGUGUUACGUGUUCUAGCAAUGGAAAUGUGUAAUUUUGAAAGAGACCGUCCUUACCAUCUUGAGCAUAUUGGGAGGUUACCUCAGUUGAGAUACUUGAGUCUACAAAGCACACAUAUUAGUAAGCUCCCAGAAGAAAUAGGAAAUCUAAAGUUUCUGCAGACACUGGACUUGAGGGGCACUGAUAUAAGAGAGUUACCACAGAGUAUUGGUUUGCUAAGGAAACUCAAGCAAACUCAAGUGCCUGCAUGCUGACAUGAAUCGUCCUGGUAUAACAGUGCCGAAUGGGAUAGGGAACCUGACAUCCUUGGAGGAGCUAGAUUUGAGUAUUGUUGAUGAGCCUGAUAUCUUCGUGAAAGAACUCAGGAAGCUGACAGAGCUGAGGGUGCUCACCUGUACUUUCAUUACAGGUGUGGAUGAGAGUUGCUGGGAGAAAACUCUCAUAGAGUCUUUAUGCAAUCUGCAAAAGAUACAAGUCCUACGAAAAAACUUUUGCUUCAAGGGGAUUGAGGCGAUUACGCGGGUGUUGGCACGGGCCCGGCCUCGACGCUGCAAUGCGCCGUGUACUUUCCGGCGAGACGCACGUACGAGACUAGCUCGAGUACUUUCCAGAGCUAACCAGUUGGAGAUGUAGGCGUAGACGAUGGUCAGGUGCACUUAUACACCAAAGCACCAAACAGCCUAGCAGCUGGAUCGAUUUUCCUUCAAGCCUAUACACGCACGUAUGAGACUACAAGCCGCCGGCUUGCCUGAUCGAUACGAGCUAGUUUCAGCAAUACACACACGGGUACACGGGACGCCGAUGGAUCGCAACAGGAGCGUGUCGCUCCUGGGAUUUUAUUUCUUUUGUUCUGGGUUUAGUUUACAGGGGAACCACGUACACGUAUAUAUAGUACCUAUCCUACCUAUACAUGGCCGACUCGGCCAGGGCUACAUGUCCGUGCCGGACCCAGUUUUGCCUAAUCGUGAU